UUUUAGUAAAAAAUCGGCGCCCAAGGCUCCUAUUAUAUUUUACGGGGGAACAAUAAAAUGGAAGAUCAUGAGGCAGAGUUACGGACAGUGGAAAAGGAGCUGCAUGCAGUGGAUAGCAAGCUUGAGGAUCUGCAACAGAGACAGGCUGACCUCCGGAAUAAGAAAACACAGCUAAAGGCCAAUAUCACAAAGUCUAGCAAAACUGACAGUGCUGGCAAUAAAGGGGAAUCCAAUGAUUUCUCCUCGUCAAGCAAAUUGAAGGAAACUCUCAAGUCUGUGUUUAAGAUUGGAAAUCUACGACCUAUGCAGUUGCAGACAAUGAAUGCUACAUUGUCAGGGAAGGACUGCAUUCUCAUCAUGCCCACUGGGGGAGGCAAAAGUCUCUGUUUUCAGCUGCCGGCUCUGUUGUCUAAGGGUGUGACGCUUGUGGUUUGCCCGCUUGCGUCUAUGAUGGAGGACCAAGUUAUGUCCCUGCAGUCACACAGCGUGGAUGCCGCCAUGCUGAAUGCUGGCUCUGACAAAGAUAUUUUAAAAAAGGUCCAAGAAGACAUGGUCGACCACAACGCGAGCCUAAAGCUGCUGUAUGUUACACCCGAGAAACUGGCCAAGAGUAAGAGAUUCCUGGCUCAUGUCGAGAAGAUGUACAAGGCCGGAAGAUUCGCUCGUCUCGUGAUUGACGAGGUCCACUGCUGCUCAGAAUUGGGACAUGACUUUAGGCCUGACUACAAGUUCCUGGAAAUUAUGAAGCGCCAGUUCCCAGAGGUCCCCAUCCUGGGCCUUACAGCCACAGCAACUAGCUCCGUUAUUGAGGACGUGAAGAAGACUCUCAACAUUGAACACUCUACCCUCUUGAAGGCCCCCUUCAAUAGACCAAACCUCUUUUACGAGGUUCGUGAAAAGCCAGGUGUUAAUACAGAAGUCAUGGAUGACAUUCAGAAAUUCAUAGACACAAAGUAUCCAAAGCAGUCAGGUAUCAUCUACACAUUCUCCAAGAAGGAGUCCGAGGAGGUAGCUGCCGACCUGCAGUCGCGCGGCAUUAAGGCGGGCUGUUACCAUGUCGACGUCAGUGCCCAGGAGAGAAGCCGGGUACAUCGUGCCUGGAUCGACAACAGUGUACAUGUGAUUGUGGCUACAGCAGCGUUUGGUAUGGGCAUAGACAAGCCGGAUGUGAGGUUUGUGAUUCACCAUUCAUUGAGCAAGUCCAUUGAAAGCCUCUACCUGGAAACCGGGCGGGCAGGUCGAGAUGAGAAGCGGUCCCACUGCAUCAUAUAUUACCGUCUUCAGGACGUGUUCCGUCACAGCCCCUUGGUGAUGACAGAACAGACAGGCCUGGCCAACCUGUAUGACAUGGUUGCGUACUGCGUCGACGCUAACAAGUGUCGUCGGAGUUUGAUAGCCCGGACUUUUGGUGAAGUGUUGGACCGCAGCCAGUGUAACCGCAUGUGUGACCACUGCGAAAACCCUUGUGAGGUAGAAAAGAAGGACAUUACAAAGCUCUGCUCCAGCCUCCUUCAGAUACUGGACAAGGCGUCAACAGGGGAAAGCAAACUGACGGCAUCUAAAGUGUUUGAUGCAUUGCAGGGCAAGGGACCAGCAGCUAAUAGGGUCAAGGGGACAGAGACAAGCGCAGAUCGAAGUUGGCUAGAGGUGAUACUGACCCACAUGUUACUGAAGCAGUAUGUACGUGAGGACUUCCACUUCACCCCGUACUCUAACAUCAGCUACAUCAUACCAGGGAAGAAAGCCGACUUACUACGCACUGGUGUUGACGAAGUGCACAUUGAGCUGAAAGGAGCAAGAAAAUCAGUGCAGUCAGUUCCUCCUUUGAAAGCUAAGCAAUCUCGGCACUCGAGUCAUUCAAGCCAUUCAAGUCACUCUUCAGGUAGCGGUAGCCAAGACAGACAGGAUGUUAGAGGCUCAGGGGAACCUCGUUCUAGCAGGCAUUCAGAGCCUGAAAGGCAGAGAUCUGGGGUGAAAAGGAGUUCUUCUGAUCAAAACUCUCCGAAUCUGAAAAGGAAAAGGUAGAUUAUGUGUGAGACUGACUGAUGAUUAAGACUUUGGAAAAGGUUCUUCAAGUGUCAAAGGAAAAUGCAAAACUGUAAAAAGACUUUAUGAGGAGAUGAUGGAGUAAGGAAAAUUGACCGUACUGUAUAAGAGUCAAGGAGCCAUUGUAUUUGAUAUUGAGAGUGGUUCUGAAAUAUUAGUAGUCUAUGAAACAAAAUCCUGAUUUAUGUGUAAGUGAAAUAAUUGAGUUUUACUAAAUUCUUAUUAUAUCAAUGAUUAUGUUCAGGAAAACAGUGUUUGAACCUGGGUGGUAAUCUCUUUUACAAAAAAACUUUUUAUGUUUUAUGCAUGUUUAUGAUUGUUUCUAUAUAUUAGUGCUUUUUGAAAAUGUAUGCUGUAGAAAAUAAAUGGAGAUCGGUAAUA